CGCACAUCUCGUGCGGUUCGCGCACGCGACAAGACCACGUGGCUGACACGCGCGGCGCCCGCGAGCAGCCGGCCGCCCUCUGGAGCGCUGCCCAGUGAACAAGGACGCGUGCCUCCCUCGGGAACCCCGUGCGAUUCGCUCGCAGAGCUCUGGACUCGAGCCGUGGACGCCCGAACCGUCAACCUGGAGCCCACGUGCCAGAAGCGGCGGAAAUGUGAGGCCGACGGUAAGGAGGCGAAGACCGAGCUGACGACCCAACGCAAUAUGUUCCCUAGCGCUCAAAUUAAGAUGAGUAUCUCUGUCAGAUUGCUAUCGCCAAGCAGCUCGCCAGCGACAUCGCCGACGAUGUCGAACUCCUCUUCGCCGACCCCGCCGGCGCCAGCGCCUCCGGCCUACAACCAGAAGAUGACGGGCAUCCCCUGCGUCGCGGCGGCCUCCCGUUACACGGCCCCGGUGCACAUAGACGUCGGCGGGACGAUAUACACCUCCUCCUUGGAGACCCUCACCAAGUAUCCGGAGUCGAGGCUCGCCAAACUGUUUAACGGCAGCAUUCCCAUCGUUCUGGACUCGCUGAAGCAGCACUACUUCAUCGACAGAGACGGCGGCAUGUUCCGUCACAUCCUGAACUUCAUGAGGAACUCCCGGCUCCUCAUCCCUGAGAACUUCGUCGACCUCGACCUGCUGUUGGAGGAGGCUCGGUACUUCGACAUCGCACCAAUGUGUAGGCAGCUCGAGCAGAUGAAGAAGGAGCGACUGAAAAACGGGUCCGGAUUGAUAUCACCUCCCAGUCCUCCAGCCAAUCAGAUGAGUCGCGGGGGGUCAGGUGGGACAGCAAACAGAGACCUGGACAAACGUACGGAGAGCUACGAAUGCGUGGCCCUGCACGUCAGUCCCGACCUGGGGGAACGGGUGAUGUUGUCGGGUGGUCGCGCCCUGUUGGACGAGGUCUUCCCCGAGACCACGCAGGCGGUGAUCGACGCCAGGUCGGGCGUCGCCUGGCACCAGCAAGACGCCCGCCACGUGAUACGCUUCCCCUUGAACGGCUACUGCAAGCUCAACUCCGUCCAGGCCAUCACCAGGUUGCUGAACGCAGGUUUCCAGGUGGUGGCCAGCAACGGGGGCGGCGUCGAGGGUCAGCAGUUCUCGGAGUACCUGUUCGUUAGGCAGUCCGUCAACACCUGACGAAACACGCCCUCGCCACCAAGGAAGGCGUCCAGGUCGCCGCGCCUCCACCAGGACUCGGACUUCGAGUGAGGGCGCCUCCUGCGUCCUACGUGGAUACUGUUCGCGGGUGGCCAGCCGAGAGGUGGUCGAAAUACUUUGGGAGGUCACCAGACCAACCUAGAACGGACAGCAGGUCUGACUACUUUGGGACGUCCAGGAGCGAAAGGUGACCCGGAGUCCAGCAGGAACUCGUUUGGAAGUGGACCCCUUGGGGAUUAUGCAUUUUGGUUGGUCAUGACGCCCGUGAUGACGCCCAGGAUACCCCAAAUGCAGACGUUGCAUCGCCUUCCUAGGGGUCUUCAGGGUCGGGAACGUUGGUGGGAGACCUCUUCCACUUCUGGCUUCCGGCACUGACCAAGAUCGACGAAUUUCCUGUCCAGGGCAAUGGCUGCUCGGUGACCUGCGUGUCCCCUUGCUAUCAUACCCUCCAGUACUCUGUUAUUUAAGGUGUACUUAUGUAUUUAAAUCGCCAUACUACCCACUGUAAAUACCCAGGAAAGCGCCGCGUAGCGAUUCUUAUGUACUCGGUGAGCCGCGAAACAACGAAAUAAAUAAUUGCGUUG